CAGCAAUCAGGAAGGAAGUUUUUACCUGGGGUCCUGGUCACCUUGUGUUGUCUGUGCUGCUGCAACUAAGCUGCUGCCAUGAUCUGAGCAAACUGGAAAAUGGAAAUGAAGAUAAAUACAACAAAGUUGUUGCUGUGGCUGUUGAUGUUCUUCUCUGAUACUGUGCCAUUCAGCUAUGAGAAAUCAAUGAGAGAGCGAGCUAUUGAGCUGAUGCAAGAUGCACGUUUAAUCGAUGGCCACAAUGACUUUGUACUGCAGCUGAGAAUAUUUUACCAAAAUAGACUCAGUAGAGUCAAUUUAAGAGAACUCAACAAGACCCACACAAACCUUGUGAAACUUCAGGCUGGUUAUGUGGGAGCUCAGUUUUGGUCAGUGUAUGUUCUUUGCAGCGCUCAGAACAAGGAUGCUGUGCGUCUGACCUUAGAGCAAAUUGCUGUUGUCAAGAGGAUGUGUAACAGCUAUGAAGAGCUUGAACUUGUGACAACUUCCCAAGGUAUCUCUGACAGUAGAAGGAUCGCAUGUUUGAUUGGAAUAGAAGGUGGUCACUCUAUUGACAGCAGUUUGGCAACACUGAGGAUGUAUUAUGACCUGGGUGUUCGUUACAUGACUUUAACACAUUCCUGCAAUACACCUUGGUCUGAAUCGUCAUCUAAAGGAAUACACAACUUUUAUCCUAGUGUUAUUGGUCUGACUGCAUUUGGCCAAGAAGUGAUAAAGGAGAUGAAUCGCCUGGGUAUGCUGAUAGAUUUAUCUCACACUUCAUAUUCCACAGCAAAAGUUGCACUGAAUAUCUCAAAAGCACCAGUAAUUUUCAGCCAUUCCUCAGCAUUUUCUAUUUGUAAUCACUCAAGAAAUGUUCCUGAUGAUAUCCUCCAGCAAGUGAAAAAGAACAAGGGAAUUAUCAUGGUGACUUUCAAUGCAGAUGUACUGGCAUGUGGCAGAAAAGUUAUUAAUGUUUCUACCCUUGCAGAUCAUUUUGACCACAUAAAGAAAAUUGCAGGUUCAGAAUCUAUAGGAAUUGGUGGUGACUACGAUGGAGUGGAACGUUUCCCUGAGGGAUUGGAAGACGUUUCUAAAUACCCUUCUUUGAUUGAGGAACUUCUUAGAAGAGGAUGGAAUGAAACUGAACUGAAAGGGGUCUUAAGGGAGAACUUUCUCCGUGUCUUCAGGGAAGUGGAAAAUGUGCGGAACAUUAGUGGACAAAUGGAUGUAGGUGAAAGUGAAAUUCCGCAAGAAGAAGUACAAAAUUCCUGUCGCCUAGACCUACGUAAUCAUCAGCUUCACACAGCCAGGUCCUUUGGAUUUCCUUCCGUGGCACAACCUUUUAGUCUGACACUUGUAAUUGUAUCAUAUUUAAUACUGUACUAUGAAUCAUAAGACCUUAUGGAGUCUAGAGAGAGAUAUAUGGAGUAAUCUGCAAUGCAACUAGUUAUCUUUUUUUGGGGUUUGUUAAUGUAAAGCUAUGCUAAAUUUUUUGAUGUAAUUUCUAUAAAUUCACCUGCAUACUUGAAAGUUAAUGUAGAUUUUAAAUAUUGUAGCAAAAGCAUUUAGAAUUUGAAGUGAUAAAUUGUGUCAUCUUGGCUAAACCAGGACCAACAUUGUUAAUGGAAAGUAUUCACAGCUAAUGAAUAAAUUCUCU